AUGAGAGGCGGUUAUGAGCCGCUCGCCGGGCAGUCACGCUCGGCAAAUGAUCGACAAGUCAAGUGGCGACCUCAUAAUGUCAAAGCCCGACUAUCGGAUUUCGUCGGGACACUGGACGCUGUCUUCGAUAGAUUGUCACGAAUCCGACAUGUGAUCCUUGCCGUCUUGCUCGCUGGUGUCUUGCUCUUGGCUCUGACGGGCACACGCUCGAGCUCGCAAGCGCUACGCAGCCUGAACGUUGCGUCAGCCAAGUCGGCAACGAGUGCUGCAUACGAGCAAGCGGCACUGUCGAGCGCUAUCAAGCGAUUGCCGUUUGCCAAUAUCACCACAGCCCGAUGGAUCACUUGGGCCAACGCUAGCGCGCCCUCUUGUCCCGAGCUUGGCUGGCCAGCAGAUGUCAUCUACGCCAAUCUGGGCUCGGUGGACUUGCAGACAUAUGCCCGAGAGAUCCUCGACUUUGCAAGCUCGACGUUCAACAACUCGAAUGUCAGACUGGACUCACGAGCGAGCGGAGCAGCCAAUGCUGCAGGCUCACUGCAGACUGCACCAAGGACGAACGAUUCCAUUGCAGAUCUCGCACGGCAGUACUUCCCACUGCCGAACGCUCGAUCCACCCUGGGUGACUUCUUGGACGGUUUGUUCGGCUGGCUGAUGGCCAGGCCAGAGCAUGCUGCUGCUACCAAUGCGCGCUAUGAGCCAGAGGAUAGGAUCCCCCACCAGCUUUUUCAGACCGGUCCUACGCCGCACACAGAUCAAUCGAUACAGGUGUUCGAGCACAACCAAUGGAUCACGCAUAAUCCUGGCUGGACUUACGACUACUUCGACGACGAUCGACUGAGCGCAUGGGUCUACCAGGAGUUUGGCACGGACGGCCUCGUUGCCCGUGUCUGGAAUAAGACUGCUGCCGUACCAGUGCUACGCGCCGAUAUCUUUCGCUAUAUGGUCAUUGCCAAAGAAGGUGGCAUCUACACCGACACUGACACAGUCUGUCUGAAGCCGGUCGACGAUUGGUACGGACCCGGUGACAACGAUACUCGCGCAGACGAGCCGCCUAGCAUGAUCCUCGGCAUCGAGAUCGAUGUGAUGAACAGGACAAACUGGCCCGAAUGGGUCAAUCGCCCCAUCCAAUUCUCUCAGUGGACUAUCGUCGCUGCGCCUGGACAUCCCAUUCUCAUCGAUGCAAUGCGCCGCGUGCUUGACAAUAUCGAUCAAUCAGAGCAGCUGCACUGGGCAACGAGCAGCGAACGCGAGCGCGACAUCUGCGAGCUCACUGGUCCUGGCCCAUGGACAGAUGCGAUUAUGCGUUACUUGCUUGCAAAGUCGGGCGUCGUCUGGUCAGACCUCAGAGAUCUCGAGGGCUUUGGCAGACGCUUUGGCGACGUAUUGGUGCUGCCUGUGACGUCGUUCAACAACGGAAUGAGGGCCUAUCAUAGCAAUUCUAGAGAUCCCUGGGAUCCAGUGGCCUACGUAUCUCAUCAGAGCGCAGGCUCUUGGAAGACAUCGCAUGCAGGCCUCGACGACACGUAG